AGCUACCAGCAUUUUACACUUUGGUUUGACCAGUAAGUAACCCCUAAAAACUAUUUUGUCGUUGCAAAUUAAUGCCAAACGUUUUCAAUUAUUAGGGUCGAGAUCCUCCUCCUCCUCCAUGUCACGCACCUCUCAGCCAGAAGAGAGCGGCGCGUGCAUAAACAACAGACUGGGCGAUGACGAGCUACGGGCGGUGCUGUCGAAGCUUGAAGAAGACAAAGACAAGGAGGUAUUUGGACUGGUGUGCAAGAGGUGGCUCCACCUGCAGAGCACCGAGAGAAGAAAGCUAUGUGCUCGAGCCGGCCCCCACAUGCUCAACCGUAUAGCUGCCAGAUUCACGCGCCUCUCUGAGCUCGACCUUUCUCAAUCCCUAUCUCGCUCCUUUUAUCCCGGCGUCACCGAUUCCGAUCUUUCUGUAAUUGCUGCCGCCUUCACCUCCCUCCGCCUUCUCAACUUACAGAACUGCAAAGGUAUAACAGAUAAGGGGUUGUCAGCAAUUGGAUCUGGGCUUCCAUGUUUGCAGUCCCUAGAUGUAUCCUAUUGCAGAAAGCUAACCGAUAAGGGGCUGUCGUCUGUUGCUAAGGGUUGCCAUGGCCUGAGAGCAUUGCAUGUUAUGGGUUGCAGAUUUAUUACCGACUCUCUAUUAAGUGCGCUUUCCAUGAACUGUAAUAAUCUUGAAGAGUUAGGUUUGCAAGGAUGCACUAACUUAACCGAUUCUGGUCUCACUGCCCUUGCGGAGGGUUGUAAGAGAUUGAAACAUUUAGACCUCAAUAAGUGCAGUAAUAUCGGAGAUAUUGGUAUAUCUAAUGUAUCAAAAGCAUGUUCUUCCUCACUGCGAACACUGAAGUUGCUGGAUUGCUACAAGAUCGGGGAUGACUCGAUACUGUCCCUGGCCAAAUAUUGCAAAAAUCUCGAGACACUCAUAAUUGGUGGAUGUCGGGACUUAUCGGAUGAUGCCAUAAAGUCAUUGGCUUUCGCAUGUUAUGGAAGUCUCAAGAAUCUGCGCAUGGAUUGGUGCCUAAAAGUAUCGGAUACUUCCUUAGUCUGCAUAUUUUUAAUGUGCCGGAAUCUUGAGGUUCUUGACGUUGGAUGCUGUGAAGAGGUAACCGACUCGGCUUUUCAAGGAUUAGGGAGUGAAGAUUGUAAGUUGAGUUUGAAGAUUUUGAGGGUAAGUAACUGUGAGAAGAUUACCGUUGAUGGAAUGAGCAAACUUUUGAAGUCAUGUGAAGGUCUUGAAUAUCUCGAUGUGCGGUCAUGCCCACAUGUAACUCAACUACGAUGCCAUGAGGCUGGAUUACAGUUUCCACAUGGAUGUAAGGUUAAUUUUACUGGGAGCUUAGUAGAACCCGAUUUGCUGCGCUGAAAAUAUAAUUGGAUGUCCCGUUUUGGUUUCUACUCGUUAAGGUGCCGCCCUCUUGAUGUUAAAGUAUGUCUUCCCAAGUUCUUUUCUUUUACUUUCUUGUUUGUUUCUCAACAAACCGGUUACUACAUAUGUAUAUUAUUCACUGAUACCUUUGUUUUAUUUAUGUUAUGGUGUAGAUGAUUUUCUAUUCCUUGUAUCAUUCUGUACGCAAACGGUUUCUUACUGUGUGAUUUGUUUGGUGUCAAUGGCUUUAUUUCAACAGACUAUUGUUGUGACUGGAUAUACGUCUAUGAGGGCAUUUGAUCAGACAUAACAUCAUUGUAAAUUAAUGCAUUGUUCUCGCAUUACUAUUU